ACAUACCUUACAAACAAAAAUAUGCACGCAAGCGUGAUAGUUCAGUAAGAAUCCAAAAUCAGAAAACACAGAGGAAUUAAACAGCAGCAAUAUCUACGUUAGAGUUAUGUUUUCGUGCACACUUGAAUUUACUCUUUGAGGGUACGGGGGGGGGGGAGGGGGUUGCGGCAUGGGUGUAUGGGCUAAGGGGAUCAAGGGUCUUGUCUGGAAAAUAGUUGUUGACAAGACAACUUGCUAAAACCUUUACACAUUUGACAGUUUUAUUUUGCCAUUUUGUCAAAUUAAUACUUGGGAUAGCGAAAUCAGGUCUGUAUGCAAGAAAUCCAGCAUUUUAAUUUUACGUAAUCACUUCCAUAAUUAUAAAUAUUAGUCUACGCACAAUCACACCCUUACCCCCCGCCCUCUCCUCCGCCUUCCAUCGAAAAGUAAAAGAAUCUCCAAAAAACAACAUAAGAACGGACUAUUGGCUAUCAUUAUCAUUAUGAUAAUCUGCAUAUUUCGAAUUGUCCUAACACGUAGAUGACACUCAGCACGUAUGCAUAUAUAGCUCUUGUAGUCAUGUUAAUGCACAUCACAACAAAGUUUCCUUUCAGUCGGAGUAACAUGUCGUCUGUGCGUCAAUACUCGAUCUACUUUGUUCCUGUUUUCUUGAUCAUUUGUGCACUUGCUCCAGCCACCAAAGCACACGGAUUCAAGGCUGGAAAAGACAACAUAACUACCAUCAUACCGGGACUAUUUGCUUGCAAGGUAAUCCACUUCCCAAGCCCCUUCUACGGCGGACAGCAAGUAACGGUUCUCGCCUCAGUUGGCCAUACCGUAAAAAGCCGAACACCUCGGAACGGCGCCGCAGUCUGGGUUGAAGUUGUUACAGCCACUAAAUUCACCUUUUGUGUCCUUGAAUAUGGAAAUGGGUCCAACAAGACGGUGGAGGUAAACUGGUUAUCCUUCCAGGCUUCACUCCGUGGAUCUCAGAUUGGUACUACAUCAUUAAAUUCUUGGACAACUGGGGCAGAAUGCAAAAGAAUUUAUUUUCAGCAGCGUUUCUCGACUCUUCCAACCAUCUUUGUAACUGCUGGUCACCAAAUUCCCAAAAGACCUCAGGACGCCAUGGCUGUGUGGGUGGAGGAGUUGAGCGUGGAUUAUUUUAAAAUUUGCCUCCGAGAAGCCAAGAUUUUCGAUGGACCUCAUGAAAACAUCAAAAUCGUGAGUGAAUUUGAUAUUGUCUUUCACUAGUGGGAGGCGCGGUGGCCUCAUGGUUAGUGCGCUCGUCUCCGGAUCGAGCGCUCCGGGUUCGAGCC